UAUUUUGGUAUUGGUAUUUAUACCGAUUGUCGAUUCUUGGAUCAUACCGAUUCUGGUGCUAGUUCAACGGAGGUUGUGUUAGUAUUUUUUGUUGCUGAAAUCAGCUGAAACUAAUUUUUGUUUUAAUUGUAAAAAUUAUAAUUUCUUCGCUAAGUUCGUUUCGUUUGUCGGACUCUGAGUUUUGGUUAGCGUAAUUACUUAUCCAAAGAUGAAUAAAGUGCUACUGGUACAGACUCUACUUGUUCUGGUAUUGAGCCUAUCGUAUUGCAGUUGUAAAAAACAAAAAUCAAAAUAUUCGGCAGAAGCGAAUCACGCGUAUGAGCCCACUGAGAAAUAUGAUCCCGAUUUUAGGACAUUACAAAAGCCGUAUCGAAUGGCCAAAUUGAAUUUGGUUUGGUCGAAGGCCGUACAUAGACUGACCGAACCGAAACUGAAAUCAUUAUUUUCCGAACUGAAAAUCCAAGACAAAGAGGAAUUGAAUUGGAAACAAUCGGGCGGUCAACAUAAAGAUAAAGAUGGUCUGAAAGAAGCUGAAUUGCGCAAAAAAUUGGUGGGAAUUAUGAGCACGUAUGGUCUGUUGGAGCAUUUCGAUGAUACGCAAGAUCCGGAAAAGUACAAGCAUCACAAAGCUUAUUCCGGUCCGGUAGAGAACACCAAUUACAAGAACAAAAGCUUAUUCAAAGACAAAAAAUUGAAUAAAUUGUGGGAAAAGGCUGAAGUGUCUGGUUUUACACCCGAGGAAUUGAAUGCGUUGAAGGAAGAGUUCACCCAUCAUCAGGAAAAGGUGGAUUUGUACUACAAUCUACUGGACACGGUUAGCAGCGGCAAACAAGAUUAUCAUGAGAAUGCUGUGAAUGAAGAUGAACUGGACAAGUUUAACGAAAUAAUGGCCGAGGAGACGAAUGAGGUAGAAAUCAAACCCAAUGUCAAGAACAACAAUUACUUGGACAGUGCAAAUCUGCUACGCUCCAAACAUCAAGAUAUUCGCGACAAUUUCGAUCGAUUGGAACGCGUCGCGGUCAAAGGACCGAACAGCCAGGAGUUCAUUGAACCGAAAGUGCAAGGUCUGUGGCGAAUGGCAUCGACUAGUAACUUCACCGUCGAUGAACUGGCUUCGUUGAAGGUGGAACUGUUGCAUUAUGAGUCCAGAUUGUUGAAAUUGAGACAUUUACAUGCUGAACAUGCGUUGAAUCGUGAGAAGUAUAAGGAAGCGCAUCACGGUUCCAAACACGAUAAGUACGCUAGCAUGGAUGACCACAUCAAGAAGCAAUCCCGGAAAGUGGAAAAACUCCAAGAACACUUGGAACAGAAAAUAUUCAAGCAUUACGAGCUGUAACACGUAUAAUAACGCACGGUUCAAAAUCGAUGAAUUGCAAUGCUCUGGAAAUCACUUGGUGCCAAAAAUAAAAAUUCUCUCAAAUUUCGAUCUGUUGUUCGAAGGAAUGAACAAUUUUUGUUUUGUAAAUCUAUGUUGUACACACAAAAGGAAUUAAAUCAAAAAAAUAUUUUCUAUUUAU